AUGAUAAGACAUAACUUCUUUUUAUAUUCUUUAGAAUUCCAAGAGUCUGAUACAUAUUGUACCUUUCAAGACAAGAGAUACCACUUUGGAGAGAGAUGGCAUCCUUACCUGGAACCCUAUGGAUUUGUUUACAGUGUCAUCUGCCUCUGUUCUGAGAUGAAUUGCCCUUUCCAGGAGCUAGUAAGAUAAGUGCAAAGUCAUGUGAAUACAAUGGUACUGUCUACCAGAAUGGAGAACUAUUUGUAGCCGAGGGACUAUUCCAGAACAAGCAGCCAAACCAGUGUGCACAAUGCAGUUGCUCAGAGGGGAAUGUAUACUGUGGCCUGAAGACCUGUCCCAAGCUAACCUGUUCAUCUCCUUUAUCUGUUCCUGACUCCUGCUGCCAAGUCUGUAGAGGAGAUGGAGAACUGGUCUGGGACUACUCGCACAGUGAUACCUUCCGACAACCAUCCAACAGGGAAGCAAGACACUCACAGCAUCGCUCUCACUAUGAACUUUCCUCUGGUUCUGAUAAACCAAUAAUCAAUCACCCAAGAACACCAAGUGUCAAGAGCCAACGUGGAUUGCUUGUUGAACCUCAGCCAGGAUCUGGGACAAUAGUGCAUAUCGUCAUACAUAACAAACACAAGCAUGGGCGAGUGUGUGUUUUCAAUGGGAAGACUUACUCUCAUGGGGAGUCCUGGCAUCCAAACCUGCGAACAUUUGGAAUCGUAGAAUGUGUGAUCUGUACUUGCAAUGUAACGAAACAGGAAUGCAAGAAGAUCCAGUGCCCAGAUCAUUACCCAUGUGAACAUCCACAGAAAGUGGAAGGAAAGUGUUGCAAGGUUUGCCCAGCUGAUGAAGCACAUGUUCAAAUUAAGAGGGAUUAUUUUUGUGGAGAAGAGACACUUCCUGUGUUUGAGUCAGUUUUAUCAGAGGAAGGUAAAACUAUUAGAAAAAUAGCACUAGAGAUACAAAAUCCAUCUCAGAUUGAAGUUCACAUCUGGACCAUUAUUAAAGGUGUUUUGCACAACUUUCACACUGAAAAUAUGUCAAAAAAAGAUUUCAGAGAACUGCAGCAGUUUAAACCAUUGACUAGAACAACACAAAAACGCUGGAAAAUAUUCAUAGAGGGAGAAGCCCAAAUCAGCCAGAUGUGCAAAACACGAGUAUGCAGAAGAGAACUGGAGGAUCUUGUAAAAAUAUUGUUUCUCGAUAAAGCCGAGAAGGGGCACUGCUAAAGCUGAAGUGCAAUGAAAAGAAAGCAAAUCUACUAACUAGUUUGACAUGUAGCUGUACCUGUAUUGUUUUCCAUUAUUACAGGAAGCUCAUAAGACUUUUUCCUAAGAUUCACUUUUUAAAUAUGGGCAUUCCUUUACUUGGAAUGAAUAUAAAAUGGCUGUGUCAGAGUUAUUGAUUUCUUGAAAUCAGAAUAAUAUAAAGAAUCACUAUUUCAAGUAAAUAUUGGCCUAACAUAUUUCACAUACAGAUUUUUGGUAGCAUGGUUGUGUGUUAAUGAACAGUAGAUUUCUACUGGUUUGAGUAGCAUCAUUGUUAUAGUUAGUAUUGAGAUAUGCUUGUAGUAAAAUAUGUAUGGUUUAUUUUCCUAUCCAAAAAUUUUGAAAUACUGAAAAGUCUCUCAACAGUAUAUACAGAAUGCAAAUUUGACAUAUUUUACAUGUGAUCUAUACCCAAAAUAUAUUCUUUUCAGGCUAUCUGUCUUGCAGAUGAAAUCCAAGGUGUAAUGCUUCCCUGUUUUUUUAGACAAAAGGCACAAAUGUUGACUUUUACAUCCUCUGAAUACAAAUGUCCAUUAGCUGUUAUUAGGCAUUGUUUCACAUCACUUAAAUAUAUUUUUUGUGCUCUUACAACUAUCAGGUGCCCUCUAUUAAUCUGAGUGGGCCAUCAUCCAUGCAGCUAUGAAAGGGUUUGGUCUCCAUGUCUAAGUGGUGUCUCACAAUGCUACAAGUCCGGGGCAUCUUCACCCCCCCCCCCACACACAAGAUUCAACCGAAUUUAAGAGUGGACCAUAAUUGUUCUGUGGCUUGGGAACUGCCUGGUGUCUCCACAGACAGUGUGGUAACAUCUAUAUUUUAUGUCCUUAAUCUUUUAACCACAUGGGUGCUGUGGUGUGCGGUAUGUAAUAGUAGUCUUGGGAGCAUGUGCACACCAGGCUCCAGCCGCAGUAUUUACUGUCAUGGUCAGGGAUAUGAGCAUCAUAUCCCGGUUGCUGCCUACGAAAAUUGCUAUGGAAUCCAGUCUUUGUCAGGUAGCAGUAAAGGCAGUGGGUUCACCACCUGCUGCCCCCUAAAGGAAGGAAAGAUAACAUAAUUCACUCACUCUACCCCUUUUGACUUCUGCAGCAAAUUGACCACUAUUUAUUUGUUCUUCUGGAUUUCAUUCAGAGUUGGCUUUAUCCCUCUGUGCCAUAGAACCAUCUUCCUGGAUAUUUUUCAACUGAUUCUAUAUUGUUCAUGAUAACUGGAUUUCAAUACUGUUUAACCUUUUAAGCAUGUUGGCUUGACAGUGAUUUAACCAUCAUUUUAAGUUGCUCCGUAAUCUAUCACACAGUUUACCAAUAGAGUUGUUUUAACUUGUACAACAAUCUUUCUGCUUGGAAAAUUAGCAAGUAUGCUGAUCCCGUGUAGGCUAUAAGAUAUGAACACACCAUCUAAUACACCGUGGUCAUUUUUUUUUCUUUUAACACAAAUCAAAGCUGCUUAAAGCAAAGGCAUCAACUGGUCUAAUCACACGUUAACCACAGCUUGUAUAGUCUAUUUUUAGCAUAUAUAAAAUAAUGAAUUUCACCAACAGAGCCUGUAACAAAUAGUACAUGACCAUUCUGCUUUUACAGAUCAUUUAUUUACUGAAAUGCAUCACUCAAGAAAUGAGUACUAAUACUCUUUGUAUCUCUAUAAAAAUCAGAAAUAUUAACAUAUUAAUAGAGUUUGCCUUUGAGUAAAAAAAUGUUGAAUUAAACAGAAAAUGUAUUUACAAGGAUAUUAAAAACUAGCAAAACUAUUAAGUUUGGCUUUUGUUCAUAAGCCGUUAGCAUGCAGCUAAUGACAUAGUAUAUUUCAUAAUUUGGAAAGUGCACAGAUAUAUUUUCUUAAAGAAUGAUUACGAUGCAUCUGUAUUUGUGAAACUGAAUGAUGGGUUUCAUGUUGUAUAUUUAUUAUUAAUCAGUAAAAAUGAAAUUCUGUAUUGGCAUACAGUGGCAAUAGUUAUGCAGUUUUUUUCAUCAUCAGUUAUUUACCUGGUAUACAUUACCCAAAAGCUUUGCAGUUGUAUCAGUUUUCACUCUGCUUCAGACUACUGUUAUAAUACUUCUAAAGGAUAGCUAUUUAUGUAUGAAACUAUUACAUUGACUUGUUUUUGAUACUAAUAAAAUAUUACAUU